CUCAUCAUCAAUCAUAACCACCACCUGCUUCAGAUUAUCUUAACUGAGCUCGUUAGUAAGCUUGAUCCGGGAAAGCCUGCACUCAUUUGGGGAAAGCGUGAAUCUAGCAUAGUCAUGUUCAUCGGAUUACGAGGUGUUGGAAAGACCAAAACGUGUGCCAAGUAUGCUCGUUACCACCGGAAGAAGGGAUUCAGGCCAGCUUUAGUCUGUGCUGAUACUUUCAGCACCAAUGCUUUUCUCCGGCUCAACAAGGCUGCCAAAGAUGAGGUUCCAGUUUACGGAAGUUACACGGCAGAUCCUGCAGAACUUGCCGCUGAAGGAAUUGCAAAGUUCAAGAACGACAAGCGUGACCUUAUAAUUGUAGACACCAGUGACCGCCAUCAACAAUAUUCUACAUUGUUUGAAGAAAUGCGCCUAUUAUCCCAAUCAAUGAAUCCAGAUCUUGUUAUAUAUGUCAUGGAUAGCAGUAUUGGUCAAGCUGCAUUUGACCAAGCUCAAGCAUUCAAACAAAGUUUCACUCUUGGAGUUAUCAUUUUGUUACUAAUAUACACGGCAACUCUCAAGCAUGUGGUGCUAUCAGCGCUGUUGCAGCAGCAAAGUGUCCCAUGAUAUUAACUGAAACGGGAGACAAGAGUGAGGAGUUUGAAGCAUUUGAAGCUGAACCUUUUGUCAGGCGUCUCUUGGACAGCCCUUGGGAUAAACCCCCGGAGUAUACUUUGAGAACAAUGUAUAACCAUUAUAGGCGAGAAUCAGGAUUGGAUAGACAGUUGUUUUUCCGCCAUGUUCCACGUAGCUAUUCGAAGCUAGACAUCGAGAAGUUUAGGCGGUACACGAUAAUAAUGGAUUCCAUGACAGAUGAAGAGCUUGAUAAACCAAACAAGGUAAAGCAAAUGAGCUUGGAACGGUUGAUGGAGAUAGCUAAAGCAUCAAAAGUAGAUGCGAGACAAGUUCUGCAAAUGUUAAAAACGUAUAACAUGAAGGCCAAGAGCUUUAUGGACCUUGAGAUGAAGAUUCGCAAUGAAUCUGCUAGACCACGGUACGCGGUCCUGACGUCUUAGGUGGCCAUGCGACGACAAAGUGAACAAAUUAUGCAUUAUGUGCUUUUCGAUAUUUAUGUAAAAUAAACAAGUAUGUAUGGCGGUAAUUUGGGUUGUAUCGGGUA